UCAAGACGCAAAUGCCCAUAUUCGAGCGAGGAUGGAAGCCUCAGCCGCCUGAUCCAUACUGGUCUCUGCCAGAGAACCAGGGGGGUCCAUCGCGAAAGCCCAAACUUGCACCAGGCAGGCCAGGACUGCCCCCAAAGGCACCACCACCGAGCCCUUUCAUGGCCAAGAUGAGUGUGUGGGUGACGGUCGCGACUAUCCCACUGAUUUUGGGGUAUACAGUCUUUUACCAAGACUUUGGGUCGGGAGAGCAUAUCUACUCUGCGCCACGCCGAUGGCUCAAGCGACAACAGGAAGCGUUCUACACUCUCACACCGGAACAAGAGCGGCUCGCUGGGGUGUCGCGAUCCGCAGAGCUUCCAGCUCAGCAACUGGUAGAGCAAGCAGAGACAGCCCCCGUGGGAUCAGUCGCAGAACCGACAGUGAAGAGCAGAACAUGGAGCUCCUGGUCCUGGAACACCUCACCUGCAAGAUUAAAAGCAUCUAUUCCUCCAGCUGAGAUCGUCCCCCCUCCUCCGAGCACACCUCCAGCCCCGGUGCAGGAGCCUGCAAAACGCUCUUGGUGGGGGACAACAUCAGCCCCUGCGCAGGUGACUGCGUCUGCCUCUGCGCCUGCCGCAGUUCCUGAAGUGCAGGAGCCGGCAGCGAAGGAGGGUGGAGGGACGGGAGGGACGCUGUCCGAGGCGGAGAUGGAGAAGCUCAGCCAGCGUUUGAGCCGCCGGGGAUGGGGACCAAUUAAGCUUAUCUGAUGUAAUGUCACGUUAUUGUCAAGUCUGGGUAUGGCGUAAAUGUUUUAAUCAGU